AUAUGUAAUUCUUCGUUUUAAUGUUGCAACCUUGUAUAAACUUUUCCCAAAAAGUGUAAAACACAAUUUUUCCCUCGGCUUUGUCUCCCUAAUUUUAAUCAAGCAUUCUUAUCCAUAAAUACUCUUAAAAGUCUCUUUAAUUCUCUUGGUCUUUUGGCCUUGAUCAAAUAUCUUUUUUUUUUCUACAAAACAGAUCCUAUUCCAAAAAUGGAAGAAUUUCAGAAAUGCGAUCAAAAGUCUGAAAAUUUGGAAUACACGGUCAUAAAAUCUAAGACGUAUUCUUCGUUCCAUACACUCAUAGCCAUUACCCUCUGGCUUGGAGCAUUACACCUUAAUCUCGUCAUUACGGCCUUAGUUUUCCUCUUCUUUCCACUCAAAUAUGCGGUCUUGUUAUUUAUGUUAAUGGUGCUGAACACUCUGAUUCCAGUUGAUGAUCAGAGUAAAUUUGGGGGUAGAGUGGCCAGAUAUAUUGGAAAGUAUGGGCCUGGGUACUUUCCUACUACUGUUCUCAUUGAGGAUAUACAAUCUUUUGAUCCAAACCAAGCAUAUGUGCUUGCUGCAGAACCACAUUCAAUUUUUCCAAUUGGUUGUCUCUCCUUAUUGAAUAUUACAGGCUUGAUGCCACUCUCUAAGACCAAGGGUCUUGCAAGUAAUGCUACAUUCUAUCCACCCCUUUUACGGCAAGUAGGGACCUGGACUGGACUUGUUCCUGCCACAAAAAAGAACUUCGUUAAAUACUUGGAAGCUGGUUAUAGUUGUAUUGUUAUUCCAGGUGGCGUUCAAGAAAUAUUUUAUAUGGAGCACGGUUCUGAGGUUGCUUACCUUAAGAAAAGGCAGGGAUUUGUUCGCAUUGCUAUAGAGACAGGACGGCCUUUAGUCCCUAUCUUUUGCUUUGGUCAGACGAAUGUUUAUAACUGGUGGAAACCAAAGGGAGAUCUAUAUACACGCAUAGCUAGAGCAAUCCGAUUUGCCCCCUUGUUGUACUGGGGAAUGUUUGGAACGCAUAUUCCAUACCGCCGGCCGAUGCAUGUCAUAGUCGGGAGGCCAAUUGAGCUGAAGAGAAACCCGAACCCCUCUAAAGAAGAAGUUGCUGAAGUUCACGCCCUCUUUGUCUCGAAACUUGAACAACUAUGCCAAAGACACAAGGCAGCAGCUGGACAUGCUGAUAUUCAAUUAAGAGUUAUUUGACAUGCCUGGUCUAACAAGGGUGAUGACUUUAAGCUUUCCCUUAACCCAUCCCAUGCCGGGGUAAAAGGGCAUGUUCGGUAGGCGGCGAACGUAAAAUUUUGCCAAAAAAACAUCAUGAGUUAUUUGACAUGCCUUUUUGCUGACUAAUAUUUUUUCAAUAGUUAAAAUCGCUCAUAAUGUAGAUCUGAAUAACUUAUAUGUAAUGUUUUGCAUGGAGUAUUUGGUGGGUUGGCCGAAUAGUGAGUCCACCCUACUUUUUGAGACCCAUUCCCACCCUUCGGUCCAUGAAUUUGGAGCUUU